AUGAAACCUGCACCAACACAGAAUGGACGGGGGGGCAACCGGCCGACUCCCUCACACGGCUCUUGGGACCGCAAUGCGCCCUCUCGGGAUACACAUCGGAAUGUGGGAUAUGGGGACUAUCCUGUACAAAGCAAUCCUCCAACAUCGCAGUACACUCCUGCGCCGAAUAAUAACUCGAACUUUGGGUAUCAGAUCCCUCAAGCAAAUCAAACGCCACAGGCCUAUCAAUCUCGAGGACACGCUCCUGCCACGCAACAAUACAGCCAACCGCAGAUGGCUUCGGGACAAGGCCAACAAUUUGGCGCCUUUAAUACAUUACCACAAACCCCAAUGGAAAUGGAUCAAGCUUUCUUCCAAAUGACACAGAAUAUGCCCUGGAUGCAUCCAGGCUUUGAUAGCGGGAUCACAUUUCCACCCCCAUUUCCUCUCCUCCCUUUCGAUAUGAAUACCCCACUACCCUUCCAAAACACCCGACCCAUGAGCACGAUGGCCGGUGGUGCAAAACAGCGGUUUACUCCUGAUGCCCAAAGACAACGAUCGCCGACACCGCCAGUCAAAGUUCCGCUUCCAACACUGCAAUACAUGAAUCAAGCAUCACUAAAGCCAGAGAAGACAGAAAAGCGACCACUCCUCGUCAUUCUCGAUCUCAACGGCACCCUCAUCUACCGCAAGCUACGCAAAUUCCCACCCAAAUUUGCCAGACGCACCGGUCUAGAUCACUUCCUAGCCACGCUAAUCGAAAACUACAAAGUCAUGAUCUGGUCCAGCUCCCAACCCCCGACUGUAAACGCAGUCUGCGAGCAGCUAUUCCCAGAUCCCAUGCAGGAUGCUCUCGUUGCCCUCUGGGGACGCGACAAGUUCGGCCUCACCGCUGGCCAAUACAACAAAAAGCUCCAGGUCUACAAGGAACUGCAUAAAGUUUGGGCGGAACCAAAUAUCCAAGGCGCAUUCCCAGGCAACGAGCAUCUAAGAGACCCCCCUGUCUCAUUACCAGGCGCCGAACCGCCACACAAGAACCGCAAGCAAAAGCAGCGCGAGGCUGAGGCUGCAAAGCUCCCCGCGGGCCACCGCUGGGACCAGACGAACACCAUCCUCAUCGAUGAUAGCAAGCUCAAGGCUUCCAGCGAACCAUUCAAUAUUCUGGAGAUUCCGGAGUUCAACAACGAUCCCAAUAUCGAUGAGACGAAGCUCUUCAUUAAGGUCCUCAACCGCCUCGAUUUUCUCGCCCACCACGACGACGUGAGCAAGGUCCUCCGCGUCUGGAAUGAACGCGUAGACAAGGGUGAGGGCAGUAUUCUCGACUUGGAUAUUGGGCUCCAUGAGGAUUCUGUCGAUAACGAGGAUGGCGGGAUGAGUCUCCUCCCAAAGCAGCCGAAUGCCAACUCUAAUGGCGCUCCCAUGACGUUCAAUGAUGUGGGGGUUGCCCCUGCUCCUACAAAUGCUAAGCCCAAGGUCAAGCAAAAUAAGAAGGCCAAGGCUAGAGCAAAAGCGGAAGCUGCCAAUAAUACAACCACAGCCGCGAACACUGAAACUACAACUCCCGCAGUCACCAGUACUGCAACCACCACAAACCCAAACCCAAAACCCCAGAAAACGGAGGAACAAAAAGCCGAAAUCAAAUUGUCCCGCAAAGCGCGCAAAAGAGCAAAGAAAGCAGCCCAGAAAGAAGAAACUCGCGCCGCAAAUAUCGUCCCCGAAGCCAAGACCCAUGACAUGCCCACGCCGAGCUACAACAAUGCAACGAGCAAUCAAGUCAUCGCCGGUAUCGAGCCCAGCAUAGACGGUGCCGGGGAUGGCUCUCGAAGCGCCAAAAGUCAGAAAUCGCUUCGUCGCAAACAAAAGGCCGCCAACAGAAAGGCUCAGAUGGAAGCUAAUCGCCCCAAGCCUCCUUCUGCGUCUGAGAAUGCUGAUCCGGUAGAGCCAAGAUACAACCUCCGAAAAAGGAGUAUUUGUCAUCCCGGGUCUAGUGAUGAGCAUGCUUCUGGAGAUGUCCCUGCCUCUACAUCUGCUUCUAUUUCAGGCUCUGGAUAUGCCUCCGGUCCCGGGACGGCCUUCGAAUCCGCCUCUGCUGCAGCUCACGCCACCAAUGCCGCAAACACCGUAACAGGCGGAUUAUCGCCCGAGUAUCUCCCCCCAGACGCGGAUAUAACUGUUGGUAUGGAACUGGAUGUGGCCGAGUAUGUUCCGCCGGAUGUUAUGACGGAGUCGAGUGCUAAGCAUGACCGAUCUCCGUCGCCGGCUUCAUCGGCUGGGUCGGGGAAUUGGUUGCUUGAUCGUCUUGAGGAGGGGCUUGGGAUUCGCAAGCCUUGA